GCUGCGUCGGAGAGACCUGCCGCUCCCCUUCGCUUCCGUCUCCAACUGCUCGACUCGACUCGACUGGUCUCGGCUCUGCAUCGCACGGCUCCAAACCCUAGCCCGCACCGCCAAACCGCGCGAAUGGCCGACGUGCUUGACCCCUCCUCCGACGCGCCGCGCGCGCGCCGCCCUCCGCCCCCUCCUCCAGACAGCCCGGAGGACCGCUCGCCGCAGCUGCCCCCGCCCCCGCCCGGCGGACCCCCGGCGGCCAGCCGGAAGCGGAGCCGCUCGCCGCCGCCGCCGCCUUCCUCCCUCCCGCCGCCGCCGCCGCCGCCGCUCGGCUCGUCGCGGCCCCAGAGGUACCGGGACCACCGCGGCGGCGGGCGGGGCGGGAGCAGCCCCAGCCCGCCGCCGUACCGGGGCAGCCGCCGGCACUCGCCGCCCAGGAGGUCCCCGUCGCCGCCGUUCAAGCGGUCGCGGCGGGACGAAGGGUACGACCGCCGCGGGGGCCGCGGGAGCCCGCCGCGCUACGGGCGAGGUUAUGACUACGAGCGAGGUGGAGGCAGAGGUGGGUAUGAUGAUGACAGGAAUCAUGGCAGGUAUCCGAAUCGUGCUCCAGAUUGGCAUGAUUCAGGGUAUGGGGCGGCCAAUGAUGGUCCAGGGAUCACCCAGAGGGAAGGUUUGAUGACAUACAAACAGUUCAUGCAAGUUCUAGAGGAUGAUAUUUCACCAAGUGAAGCUGAACGCAGGUAUCAAGAAUAUAAAACCGAGUAUAUCACUACUCAAAAACGUGCUUAUUUUGAUCUCCACAAGAAUGAAGACUGGUUAAAAGACAAGUACCACCCAACCAACUUAUUAUCUGUUAUUGAAAGGAGGAAUGAACGUUGCAAGGUUAUGGCAAAGGAUUUCUUUCUUGAUCUACAAAAUGGAACUCUGGACCUAGGCCCUGGAAUAACUGCAGGUGCAGCAAGUAAGCCAGGAAGCGGUGGUGAUGGAAAUUCUGACGAUGAUAUGGACAGUGACAAGAGAAGAAAGCAUGGGAAAGAUUCCUCUAAAGGAGCAGAUUCACUUUCUGGUGCACCCAAAGCUCAUCCAGUUAGUUCCGAAUCACGUCGAAUUCAAGCUGACAUAGAGCACACUCUAGCUCUUGUGCGUAAGCUUGAUGCUGAGAAGGGCAUUGAGGGAAAUGUACUUUCAAGUGGUGAUCAUGACAAGCCAGAUGUUGACAAGUCACAUAUUGGAUCCAUGGGACCUAUAAUUAUAAUCAGAGGCUUAACGACAGUCAAAGGUUUGGAAGGUGUUGAGCUUCUAGACACUAUUCUUACCUAUUUAUGGCGUAUUCAUGGCGUUGAUUACUAUGGCACCUCAGAGUCACAUGAGGCCAAAGGCCUUCGUCAUGUGAGAGUAGACAAUAAGACUUCUAACACAUCUGAUGUCAAUGCUGCUGAUUGGGAGAAGAAGCUGGAUACUUUCUGGCAGGAAAGAUUGAAUGGUCAGGACCCCCUGGUCACACUAACUGCCAAGGAUAAAAUUGAUGCAGCAGCUGUUGAAGUUUUAGAACCUUAUGUCAGAAAAAUCAGGGAUGAAAAAUAUGGAUGGAAAUAUGGCUGUGGAGCCAAGGGCUGCACUAAACUUUUUCAUGCUCCUGAGUUUGUCCACAAACAUUUGAGGCUCAAGCAUCCAGACAUUGUGUUAGAGUCGACUUCAAAAGUUCGAGAGGAUCUUUAUUUCCAAAACUACAUGAAUGAUCCUAAUGCACCAGGUGGGACACCAGUUAUGCAACAGUCUGCACCGGAGAGAGGAAGACGGAGACCUGGCAUGGACAGUCGUCUGAGAUUUGACCGUGUUAAUAAUAGAGACAAUGACAAGGCAGAGGGAGGCCGAUAUGGUAGAGGUGAUCGCUCUCCGAGCCAUGACGGGCCUGAUGAUCAGAUGCUUGAUGCUUUCCGUGGACGGGGCUCUAAUGCUCCUUUUGUUGCUGAAUUUCCCGCUCCACCAAUAUUAAUGCCUGUACCUGGUGCUGGUCCCUUGGGACCAUUUGUUCCUGCACCUCCAGAGAUAGCAAUGCAUAUGCUGAGAGAGCAAGGGCCACCUCCUCCGUUUGAACCUAAUGGUGCACCUCAUGGGAACACGGGAAUGCUCGGGCCAAUGAUGGGUGGGCCAGCACCGAUUAUAACUAUGCCUCCAAAUUUCCGUCAUGAUCCUCGCCGUUUGCGAAGUUACAAUGACCUUGAUGCUCCUGAUGAGGAAGUCACUGUCCUUGACUACAGAAGCUUGUAGGCUCCAGCAUCCCCAGAUCCCUAAGGUUUUCCCGUGCUCCCAUUGGAGAAUCGAUUUGUGUUUCUCUACAGAGGCAGAGUUUCGGUCAUGAACAAGGAAAUCAAUUUUUGGGUCACCUGUGGUCUGUUAGAUUUUGUUGUGACUUGAAUGGUCAGAACUUCAUAUUUGCUCUUGCGUUUGUUGAGCCGCUCCGUGCACACACUGUACUUACAACAGUUGUUGGCCAAGUAUUUAACAAUUCUGUAAUGUCAUCGACAACAUUUUUUUGAUACCUGAUGAUUCGAACUGAAUAAAUAUAGGCUUCUCAUUGUUGUGAA